UAAGCCAAAUAUACUCCUUUUCUUAAAUCAGUCUAAGUUUUUGACACUUGUAAGGAAAAGCCCUAUGUAUCAUAGCACAAAAUAAUUUCAUUUAUUAAACAUCACAAAAAGUCUAAAAAUCCUCUUUCAUAUCUUUCUAUACCUUGGUGUCACUCAGAAUGUCAGCUGUGCUAAAUCCCUAGUCUCACUCUCUCAAAACUCCCAGAAACCAUCUCUCCUAAAGUCAGCUCAUUCUAGGUCUUUUUUUCUUACGCCCUUACUCAAACUUUGCUGGUUGUCUUCCUUAUCCCCACCCCAUCCCACCUUCUCCAAAACAAAAAAUCUAACUGAGCCUUGCAGAUCAGCCUAGCCUUCUGAAGCUCCUUUUGCUUCUUUACCUCUACUCCUUAUUGAGAUCAGCACAAUUAAUGCUUGUUUGAACAACAAAUGAUCCUUUCUCUCUGGAAGGGUGAAAGUAUGGAAAUAUUUACAUGUUAAAUGUUCUGUUCUAGUCUCAUUUGUAUUCAGUACAAAUAGUGUGUUUGCUUGGACAUUAAUUUUAUUUGCAAAUAGCUACAGCUGGGGGUCCCUUUGGGUAAGUCUUGCUAAGAUACUGCAUUGGUGGGUUUUUUGUUUGUCUGUUCAUUUUGUUUUUGUUUUGUUUUUUAAGGGGAUGGGGAAGGAAUCAAAGUAGUCAAAUCAGUUUGGUUGUUUUUACAAGCCUGAGAAAUGGUCAAAUUCUGGAUUCAGACCAAGCACACCAUGCUAGAGGCAAUUUAAUGACCUCCCGCCCUCUUGCCUUUUUCCCCUCUUUGGGAACAUUCUUGGAUUUUCUACAGAAACAGCCAGAGGCUCCCAAUUGACAAUUGCCUCACUCAGCAGUUUCUUGUUAGCACAUUUAUCAGCCACUGUUCCCAGGACUCUCUUAAGUGUCCUAAGAAUAUUGACUCAUUCAAAAGCAGCCCAGUUGUAGUUGGGAGAGCACCAGCACUUGCUCUAUAAAGAUCUAGAUUGUCUCUCUACCUCAAGAGGAAUCCAAAGUCCUAUUAUGCUGGACUCUCAAAUGAUCCCCAGCCCUUUGGUGCUCACACUGUUUAUGAGCAGUCUGAAUUUCAUUCUUGGGUCUACCUAAACCGGCACUCUCGGGCUAUGGGGCCCAGUGGGGAGACCACCUAACAUGCUGGCUGCCUGGAGCCCAGGGAACUGUCAAGAUGGCUCUGGAAGACUUCUCACCUUUUAAAAGCCCCAUAUUUCUUUUACAUAUCUUUUCGUCUUCAUGAAUUUUGCCAACCACAACGGACUAAAAUCUAUUAUAGUGACCUGGAAAGGUGGGGAAAAGAUGAGAUAGUUGAAUAGAGUUUAAUGAAGGGACUAUUUAAAAAGGUGUGGAUGGGGUUAAAGGAAACCUCUGGGCGUCAUUACCCACCCCAGGCCUGAAGCGGCAAGGGUAGUUAGUGGUAACCAGAACCUGGAGGAAACUGCAGGAGAGGGCCACAGGAUGGGAGUAAUGGCUUUCAGAUGAAGAACAUAGCCACUGCUAACAGGGUGGCCCGCUGGGGAUGCAGGGGAGGUCCUGAAUCACAUUCUGCCUUCAGAUCUGCUGGUGCCUCCCACUUGCCAAAACCAAUUGAAAGCCAGAUUAUAGUUGACGUAGCCCAUAAAGGUCAGUCCUGAGUCACAGAGUGGAGUGGACAGUGGGUCUGAAGGGACAGAGGAAAAAGCAACAGGCAACUCCUGUUUUUUCCUCAGAGUCAGCACCUUGGUUCAGCCCUCACCCUUUCUUGCCUGUUCCCUGGACCCAUCAAAUCCACUGCUUUUGAUGACCAGUCUGUUUCCAAGAGGCUAUAUUCAUUCCACCUGGGACUGCGGCAUAUGGACCUGGGUAGAAGAACCAGGUGUGCAGUGUCAAGACCCUUCCUUCAGAGACCUCAUCAGUAAAAUGUCGGGUGGACUCGGGAUGCCCGAAGACUUUUCCGGACCAGGAUUUUCCGAUGCUGGACACAUGUUUAAACAUCAAGGAAUCGACUUGCGACUUUUAAGCACAAACAAUGGGUGGAAAUGGACAGAAACUGCCUCCCUGCCCACUUGCAGCGGACUACAUAGCCCUGGCAGGCAAUUUCUUCAAACAGGCGCCCUCCAAGGGCGUAAGCUAGAGGGGCCCGGGCAGGCGCUUUCCCGUACUUUGACCCUCCCACCUCGCGGGUAGAGGAAGUCCUUCAGUUCAGUCACAACCCUCGGCGCCCCCGGCAGUCUCCGACUCCGGCGCGAGUCAGGUUGUGGGGCCGGGAGGGGGUGGUGGCGGCGGAGAGCGCAGGCGCAGAGUCUGCGCCGGCGGCGCCCCUCUCUCUCCGCACCCCUCCGGGCAGCGCCCGCUUUGAUUUUCUCAGGCGAGUGCACGCCCGCCUCAGUCGCCUCUGGGGGCACCUUCCUCGCCGCGACACGCAGGUAACCGGGCCCCGGGAGCCGGUCGGCGGCGGCGGACUGGGACCUUGACCCUGCCUGCCCGGCCGCCCCACAGGGGAAUGAGAGCGGACCCCGAACUCCACACACCCGCGUUUAGCCGCCACACCUAAGGGGCAGAACAGUCUUUUUGGGUAAGGGCCGGGUUGGAGGCGACGCGCCCCGCCCGCUUUGCAGACCUCGGGGUGCUCUGCACGACGCCUGAAAGGCCGCGGGGCUCGCAUUUCUCUGCGCUCACCUCCUGGAGAACCGGGACACGGGGACGGCAGGGCCAGCAUCGGCUACGGCCCGGUUUCCCGUUUCUUUCCGCUGUCGCGUGUCUGGGCCCUCCUGCAGCGUCCAUGAUGAAAGCCAGGGGCUGUUGCUUUCCUCUCGCCCAGUAGCCCACCCAAGCAAGGGAAUUGACUAUCUGAAGAAAUGGAUACUUCUCCCUCCAAAAAAUAUCCAGUUAAAAAACGGGUGAAAAUACAUCCCAACACAGUGAUGGUGAAAUAUACUUCUCAUUAUCCCCAGCCUGGGGAUGAUGGAUAUGAAGAAAUCAAUGAAGACUAUGGAAAUUUUAUGGAAGAAAAUCCAAAGAAAGGUCUGCUGAGUGAAAUGAAAAAAAAAGGAAGAACUUUCUUUGGAACCAUGGAUACCCUGCCUCCACCAACAGAAGACCCAAUGAUCAAUGAGAUUGGACAAUUCCAGAGCUUUGCAGAUAAAAACAUUUUUCAGUCCCGAAAAAUGUGGAUAGUGCUGUUUGGAUCUGCUUUGGCUCAUGGAUGUGUAGCUCUUAUCACUAGGCUUGUUUCUGACAGGUCUAAAGUACCAUCUCUAGAACUGAUUUUUAUCCGUUCUGUUUUGCAGGUCUUAUCUGUGUUAGUUGUGUGUUACUAUCAGGAGGCCCCCUUUGGACCCAGUGGAUACAGAUUACGACUCUUCUUUUAUGGUGUAUGCAAUGUCAUUUCUAUCACUUGUGCUUAUACAUCAUUUUCAAUAGUCCCUCCCAGCAAUGGGACCACUAUGUGGAGAGCCACAACUACAGUCUUCAGUGCCAUUUUGGCUUUUUUACUCGUAGAUGAGAAAAUGGCUUAUGUUGACAUGGCUACAGUUGUUUGCAGCAUCUUAGGUGUUUGUCUUGUCAUGAUCCCCAACAUUGUUGAUGAAGAUAAUUCUUUGUUAAAUGCCUGGAAAGAAGCCUUUGGGUACACCAUGACUGUGAUGGCUGGACUGACUACUGCUCUUUCAAUGAUAGUAUAUAGAUCCAUCAAGGAGAAGAUCAGCAUGUGGACUGCACUGUUUACCUUUGGUUGGACAGGGACAAUUUGGGGAAUAUCUACUAUGUUCAUUCUUCAAGAACCCAUCAUCCCAUUAGAUGGAGAAACCUGGAGUUAUCUCAUUGCUAUAUGUGUCUGUUCUACUGCAGCAUUCUUAGGAGUUUAUUAUGCCUUGGACAAAUUCCAUCCAGCUUUGGUUAGCACAGUACAACAUUUGGAGAUUGUGGUAGCUAUGGUCUUGCAGCUUCUCGUGCUGCACAUAUUUCCUAGUAUCUAUGAUGUUUUUGGAGGGGUAAUCAUUAUGAUUAGUGUUUUUGUCCUUGCUGGCUAUAAACUUUACUGGAGGAAUUUAAGAAGGCAGGACUACCAGGAAAUACUAGACUCUCCCAUUAAAUGAAUACUUGAUUAUUAUUAUCUCCUUAAUGUUCAAUUAUUAAUACGUAUACUGCCAUUUUAAUGUUUACCUAUGAAUGUCUUUUGUGUUAUAUAAUUGACAGAGUGCUAUAUAAUAUAUAAUAUAUACAAAUGCAGAAAAUUUAUUCUAGUCUAAUAUAUUCAAAUACAAAUAUUAAAUUAUAAAAUACGUUAUGAAUCUGGUAUCUUUAUUGGUAUUUAUCAGUGUCCAGGUAAAUUGUAGUAGAAGGAGAAUAUUAACUGCUAUUACUAAAUAAUAGAAGACUCAAAGAAAUGACCCCUUUCAGAUGGAACUGAAGUUCAGAAAUUAGAAAUGUUCUACAAAUGUUCAACAAAACUCCUUCAUUUGUGAAAAAUACACUAUAAGGUGAAAUGUUGAACACCAAACCCUGUUUUGUCAUCUACUUGCAUUAGAAAACUAGAAGUCAUAGGGCUGGGUUGAGGCAGGAAAAGAGGAAACAAGGGAAAAGAAGUGGCUUUUUAAUGACAAUGGGUGGUUGUCCAAAGUUAGAACAGGAAAUUGGUAUUCCCCUUAUUAUGGCUACAUUAGGUGAUACAUAGGAAACAGAAAUAGGGAGAAGUGUGGAUUCUCGCCAGUCCCACCUAGUCCAUGCCAUUUUGUCCCUGAUGUUCGGAGACUUAACGUUGGGGUAGGGUCUGCUUAUCCUCAGUUAUGUAGAUCUCUUCCAAGGCUGCCCUUGUUUAUGAUUUUGUGGCUAAUGUAUGUGUAAACUGCAGUAAACGUACUCCUUACUCCUGAAAAAGGCACCAACAGUAAUCACAGUAUAGCAGAAAAUUGACAUGGUAUCCUGAGAUUCUUUU